UCUGCUGGUGCGUCGCUGCUGCAUGUCAACAACGUUGCCCACGUUAGCCUGCUAAGGAAACACGCUGGUGGAUUAGGAUGUUAAGACUUCCAUGGCGUCUGUCGGCGUCUAAAUAUAGCGUUUCGGAUCCUGCACGCCUUUUAACCGUGGCUUUGUCGGGAGCGGACGGCGCACAGAGGAGCUCCGGGUGCAACAUUAGGUGUUUCAGAGGAGUCCCCCGGCCAGGACACAGGUCAGCUCUGCCCCGACCCCGCUGCGUGCUCAGUCCAUCUGUCUGUAUGAGCAUGGCAUCAGGGGGUGAAGGAUCAUCCUCCACUCCUCACAAACACACCAACCGGCUGGCCAAGGAAAGGUCACCUUAUCUGCUACAACAUGCACACAACCCCGUCGACUGGUAUCCAUGGGGACAAGAGGCUUUUGAGAAGGCAAGAAAAGAAAACAAACCCAUUUUCUUAUCAGUGGGUUAUUCGACUUGCCAUUGGUGCCAUGUCAUGGAGCGAGAGUCUUUUGAGGAUGAAGAAAUUGGUAAAAUUCUUAGUGAAAACUUUGUCGCCAUCAAACUCGACAGAGAAGAACGACCAGAUGUGGACAAGGUCUACAUGACUUUUGUGCAGGCAACAAGCGGCGGUGGAGGUUGGCCCAUGAGUGUCUGGCUGACCCCUGAUCUUAAACCUUUCAUUGGGGGCACUUACUUCCCCCCCAGAGACAGUGGAAGAAGACCUGGGUUCAAAACCGUGCUCGCCAGAAUCGCUGACCAGUGGCAGAACAACCGACCUGCUUUGGAGGCCAGUGGGGAGAGGAUCCUCGAUGCUUUGAAGAAAGGCACAACCGUAGCUGCCAACCCAGGAGAGGGAACUCCACUGGCCCCAGAUGUUGCCAACCGCUGCUUCCAGCAGUUGGCCCACUCCUACGAGGAGGAGUAUGGAGGCUUUAGAGAUUCGCCAAAGUUCCCGUCACCAGUCAAUCUGAUGUUCCUCAUGUCUUACUGGUCUGUGAAUCGCUCCACCUCGGAGGGAGUGGAGGCCCUCCAGAUGGCCAUGCACACGCUCCGCAUGAUGGCGCUGGGAGGAAUCCACGACCACGUGGCACAGGGUUUCCAUCGUUAUUCUACAGAUUCUUCCUGGCACGUGCCUCACUUUGAGAAGAUGCUGUAUGACCAGGCCCAGCUGGCUGCGGCCUACAUAACAGCGUUCAAGGUAUCGGGGGAGCACUUCUACGCGGAUGUGGCGAAGGACGUCCUGCUCUACGUCUCCAGAGACCUGAGUGACAAGUCUGGAGGCUUCUACAGCGCCGAGGAUGCAGACUCUGUCCCGGCAUCGGGGGGAGAGGAGAAGCGAGAGGGGGCCUUCUGCAUCUGGACGGCCUCUGAAAUCCGGGAGCUGCUGCCGGACGCGGUAGAAGGAACCAGCGGAGCUGCCACGCUGGCUGAUGUCUUCAUGCAUCACUUUGGGGUCAAGGAGCCGGGCAACGUUGCACCAGAACAGGACCCCCACGGGGAGCUGCAGGGCCAGAACGUGCUGAUCGUUCGUUACUCCGUCGAGCUAACGGCCGCUCGCUUCGGUGUCACGGUUGAAAAAGUCAACGAACUCCUGGCGUCCGCCAAAGCCAAACUGGCCGAAGUCAGAAAGGAUCGGCCACGCCCACACCGGGACACCAAGAUGUUGGCCUCCUGGAACGGCCUGAUGCUGUCGGGCUUCGCUCGCGUCGGAGCCGUGUUGGGAGACAAGGCCUUGCUGGAGAGAGCGGUGCAGGCAGCCAACUUCCUGAAGGAGCACCUGUGGGAUGCUGAGCAGCAGAUCAUACUCCGCUCCUGUUACCGCGGAGACCAGAUGGAUGUGCAACAGAUAUCUCCGCCUAUCUCUGGCUUCCUGGAUGACUACGCCUUCAUCACCUGUGGCUUGCUGGACCUGUACGAGGCCACGCUGGAGCCGGAGUGGCUGCUGUGGGCCGAGGAGCUGCAGCUCAGGCAGGACGCGCUGUUCUGGGACGAUCAGGGCGGGGGCUACUUCUGCAGCAACCCCAGUGACAGCACGGUCCUGCUGCAGCUCAAAGAGGAUCAGGACGGAGCAGAGCCCAGUGCUAACUCGAUAUCGGCUUCCAAUCUUCUGCGUCUGUGCCAGUAUACCGGACGACAAGAGUGGCUGCAGAAGUCCCAGCAGCUGCUGGCGGCGUUCUCCGACCGCCUGAACCGGGUUCCUAUCGCCCUGCCCGAAAUGGUCCGGGCUCUUAUGGCGCAGCACUACACUCUUAAACAGAUUGUGAUAUGUGGCCAGAAGGAUGCUCCAGACACAACAAGUCUUCUAGACACUGUCAACUCCCUCUUCCUUCCAUUUAAGGUGUUGAUGCUCAUCGAUGGAGACCCAGACGGUUUCUUGUGCCAGCGCCUGCCCGUCCUCUCCUCCAUGUCCCAGCUGGGUGGCGUCGCCACGGCCUACGUCUGCCAGGACUUCACCUGCUCUCUGCCCGUCACGGACCCCCAGGAGCUUCGCCGGCUGCUCUUGGACGGAGUGGCAGACACGCCGUGACGCCGCAACGCCUGAUAAAAUGGCAUAAACUGCGUUCCCCAGAUCUGCGGACCCGGCCCGGCUUAUUAGUGCUAUCUUUCAGCUGUUUUUGGCUGCGAUUUAAAUAGAUGCCAAAGCUUUAAAAGCUCAUAAACUGCGUUGUUCGGAGUAGUUGACAUGCCGCUGAUAGUUAUUCCAGACCUGGCCGGCCUCUCUCUAUAUCAGCAGCUAAGUAUUACCUCAACUGUCAGCUUCCAUUGUAAUUUCUUCAGAUGCAGGUUAUCAGUAGUCAUUUUGACAUUCAGGUAUAGAGAUAUCUUUAGGAGGAAAUAUGCACCCGAUGAAGGCAGCCAACUGGAAAUAUGUAGCAAUAUGUCAGUGUUUUGUCCUCAGCACUUCGAUGAACUGGACGGAUGAUGUUUUCCAGAUGAACCGAUCAACCCCGUUGUCUGCUCCCAUCACUGUGAUCCAGCUCCCAUGUUCCCAUCACUUGGGUCUGGCAGCGGAAGCCUGCGUGUGUUUUGAGCUUGAGUUUGGAGGUGGAAAAAAAUAAAAUAAAAUAAGGUCAGUUUGCAGGUUUCUACAUGAUCUAUGUAAAGUUAAUCGCACCAGCUCUCUCUCUCUACCUUAUUUCACGUUAGCUUUAUUACAACACUGGAGAUGCUCUUCUGAGUUUUAUUUUGAGAUGAGAUGUCAGGAAUACACAGCCUGUAUGCGCACAACCCUGAAUAAUAAAUAUAUUUCUC